GUUAUUUUUGCCUGUAGCGGAAACUUUGCGGAAGUUAAGGUUUGUGAAUGCCGAAAAUCUGGACAGAAGUUUGCUGCAAAGAUUAUCAAAAUGAAGCAGAAAACUGUUUUUGGACAUUAUGAUCCGAACGCACGUGGAAUGACGCCACCAGAGGUUGAGCGUGAAGUUCAAGUUCUGCGUUCAAUCGAUCAUCACACAAUCGUAAAACUUCACGAAGUCUACGAACAGGAGGAUUAUUCUGUAAUUAUACUUGAACUAGUAACAGGCGGUGAACUGUUUGCUCGUGUCGCCGAAUUCGAACGACUAGAUGAACGCGAAGCCGUCUGCUUCGUCGCUCAGAUCCUGCAGGGCGUGCACCACAUGCACCAACUUGGGAUUGUGCAUCUGGACUUGAAGCCAGAAAAUAUUAUGAUUGAGAAUAUGGAGGAGAAGAGGAUUAAAAUCAUCGAUUUUGGUCUGGCGCGUCGCCUGAACCCCAACGAAGUCAUCCAAGACAUGGCCGGAACGCCAGAAUUCUGUGCUCCUGAGGUUGUGAAUUUCGACCCAAUCACCUUCGCCACUGACAUGUGGUCCAUCGGCGUCAUGACCUACAUCCUGCUCAGCGGCAUCUCACCGUUUGCUGGCGAUUCUCAAGCGGAGACAUUCCAGAACAUUCUCGAAUGCUCGGUGACGUUCGACAGGGAGGAAUUCGUCGAUGUGUCGCAGGAAGCACGCGACUUCAUAACCCGACUUUUACGCAAAAAUCCGAGGUAA